CCCACACAUGGGGGCGGGCAGCGCGCCCCCAAGAGGCCGGGGUGCGCAUCAUUCUUUGGAUGGAAGGUCAAAAGGCAGACCCAGAGAGGUGGAGUCAGAGAAUCCAAACCCAGGGUAAAUAAAGGGAGUGUCAUCCCGGUCCAAGGCCCCUGGGACCUAGAGACUCCCGCCUCCCCGAGGCCCCACAACAGAGUGCUGAGUCACGCUGACUGACGGCCGGAGCUCUGCAAACCCUUCUUCCCUGUGCUGUGUCCCUGACGCUGCGGAGACUCUACAGCGGCCGCGGCUUCCCUCCUGGGCCUGUGCUACACCGGACUCCACACCAGAAAGUUCUUUAUAAACUUCAAAAUGGGAUCCUCUAAGAAGGUUACUCUCUCAGUGCUGAGCCGGGAGCAGUCAGAGGGGGUUGGAGCUCGGGUCCGCAGAAGCAUUGGCAGACCUGAGUUGAAAAAUCUGGAUCCAUUUUUACUAUUUGAUGAGUUUAAAGGAGGAAGGCCGGGAGGGUUUCCUGAUCACCCACACCGAGGUUUUGAAACAGUAUCUUACCUUCUGGAAGGGGGCAGCAUGGCCCAUGAAGACUUCUGCGGGCAUGUUGGUAAAAUGAACCCAGGAGACCUACAGUGGAUGACUGCAGGCCGGGGCAUUCUGCAUGCUGAGAUGCCCUGCUCAGAGGAGCCAGCCCAUGGCUUACAGCUGUGGGUGAAUCUGAGACGCUCAGAAAAGAUGGUGGAGCCUCAGUACCAGGAACUGAAAAGUGAAGAGAUCCCAAAACCCACCAAGGAUGGUGUGACAGUCGCUGUCAUUUCAGGAGAAGCCUUGGGGAUAAAGUCUAAGGUUUAUACACGCACACCAACCUUAUAUCUGGACUUCAAGUUGGACCAAGGAGCAAAGCAUUCCCAGCCUAUUCCUAAAGGGUGGACAAGCUUCAUUUACACCAUCUCUGGAGAUGUAUAUAUUGGACCCCCCAAAAAGCCAUUUUGUCUUAAUUGCUGGGGAGCCAUUAAGAGAACCAGUUGUCCAACAUGGUCCAUUUGUGAUGAACACCAAUGAAGAAAUUUCUGAGGCCAUUCUUGAUUUCAGGAAUGCAAAAAAUGGUUUUGAGGGGGCCAAAACCUGGAAGUCAAAGAUUGGAAACCUGUGAAGAGCUGAAAUUCUGCCAUUUGAAUGGACUGACCAUUCAAUAUAUUCAAUUUCCAAAGCUGGUUUAGCUGGUGCUUCUAAAGAAUUUCACAUUAAGCCGGGUGGUGGUGGCUCAUGCCUUUAAUCCUAGCACUUGGGAGGCAGAGACAUGCAGAUCUCUGAGUUUGAAGCCAGCCUGGUCUACAGGCCUGUUCCAGGACAGCUAGGGCUACACAGAGAAAUCCUGUCUUGAAAACCCAAAAGUAAAAAAUAAAAAAAGAAUUCCACAUUAAAAUGAAAAGGUGGUUUUUGUAGUGAGUCAUCAGGAUGCAUUAUAUACAUGUAUGAAAUUGUCAAAAACAGAUUUAACUAUUUUAAAAAGGCAAAGUACAAACAAUAAAAAAUGGUAGUAGUAUAUGCAAAUAAUUCUAAUUGUUACUUCUCUAAAAAUCAAUUUUCUUCCUUUUGAUGGAAAUUAUUAAGCUAUUAAAAACAAUUGCUUAUGUACAUGUGCUUUUUAUAUGUGAGAAGAUGCCCUUUUAUUCUCUGCCUUUUGGGGUUUUCUUCGAGCAUUUUUUCCUUCUUUCUGUGUCACUGGCGGCCACUAUCUGAGCAUCUUAAAUUGUCCUACUGCAAUUCAGCUGCCAUCCCAGCCAUCAGAACUGUGUUCUGGGUUUCAUGUUACAGGUUAUCUGCUUGAAGAAACACAGCAGUCCUGACCAUGUGAGUCAGCUUUGAAAACUGCCCCGCUAUUGCUAGGGACACAGCAGGAUUCCAGCCAAGACUUCCCUGCAAUUUUCUGCCAAAGUCUGUGUCCGAUUUAAGACACAUGCUCCUGCGCGCUUCCUUGAAGAUUGUGAAAACGUUUUAAUCCAUAGUUAGAUUCCAGCCUGCUGUAGCUGCAAGUGUCGGUCACACCACCUCCUUUUAUAAAGCAGCCACAACCUAGGGCAUAGGGUGGGGAUUUUUUUUCUUUCAACUUCUGGACAUGAAAUGCCUGUGGAGUAUUUUCUAGCUUAAAGUAGAAGACAUGGCCACCUCCUGAUUAUUUUUGCAGCAGGAAUCUUUACAAUUUUUUUUUGUCUUUCUCCCAUACUAAGAUUGUGUGUGGCAGGGGGUGUCCCUUGGCUAACUCAAGUCAUUUCAUUGGAUUUUGAUUACAACUGAUCAUGUGAUUUUCCAUGUAAAGUUUCGGGGUUUCGAACUUUGCUUCUGGAGAAUGUCUUGCAACACUUUUCAGUAGCUGCCUGGUAUCAACUGCUUAGUCAUCAGUGGACAUUUAAAAUAUUCAAAAUGUAUAAAGAGUGGGCAGUGGUGAAUAUUCUCAUGAUGUCCUACAUGUACCUGGUGCAGGGCUUCAAUAGUGAACAUGGACCAGUGAAGGUAGGUGAGCUUGAUUUUUUCAUAAUGUUUCUUUUUGUUGGUUUUCACAGAAAAAGUCCUUUGCCCUCACUGUUGUUAAAACAGUAUAAAAGCUCAGGCUACUCUUAGCCUGCAUGUAUUAGCGACUGCUUUGUUUCUUGGACUUAAUCAUUUUCUUGCCAUGAGUGUAUGAAAAUGUAUAUGUGUAAGAAAAUUUGUAUGAUGGCUUUUUAUGUAUUGUGUGUAUUUGGAAUGGGAAUAGAGCACAAGCAUUCUGGAAACGUUUGCUCCCAGUUCUGCCUCCUCAUGGCACAGUGGCUUCUGAUGAAGCUGGGAUUCGUCUUUAUGACACACACAAUUUUAUGGGCUGUUGGUUUUUAGGUUGGUUGUGAGCAACAAGGCUGAGUAAUUUCUUCUGUAAAUUGAAAAUCACAGUGCUUUUCAUGGAUGUUUUCUGUUUGGUUCUGCAAAUUACCAAUCGCUACCAUCCAGGAAAAAAAGUUUUCUUAGAGUC